AGAGAUUCCGGAUGUUCAGCGGCGCUAAGAGGAGCGUUUGUUUUCUGCCUCUCGUUGCUGACAGCUCGUCUGACACCGGGAUGCCGACCGAAGUGACCGCAGCGAAGUAGACAUUCAACACGACGCUUUGAACCGGGACGAGAACACGCCCUCUGGGAUGGUAUCAUGGAGGGGGACAAUCAUCAAGAAGGAGAGACACAAGGAGUGAAGAUCUGCGAUCCGCCCUCGGAGAGCAAUCCUCCUGCCGACACUUUGGCGACUUCUCUUUCGCUCUUGGGGAAUCACAUGUUUCCUGAACCGGUGGGGAGAGAUGCCACCGCUGACAAAGAGGAGCCGGCGGACUUGCACCUGCCGGAUGUGGCAGCACAGGAGCAGAGUGAUGAUGUGGAGUCCAUUUCUAACCAGGACGAAAGCCAGGAGACCGAGGAGACAGAAAUAUCUGAACAAUGUCCGGACAAUGAAUCCAACGAGACGGCCGAGCACGUUACUCAGGAUGACGGACAGACAACCACGGACAAUAGCCAGAGCGAUUCUGGGGAGUUUGUCGUUACAGUGCUGGCCAAGGCCAAGCUGGAGGAGCAAGGUAUAGGUGUGAAGGGAAGGUCGUCCCCCUUGAUGGAGGCAGGCACCCAGGAAAUGCCUGCAUUCAUGACUAACCGUGACGAGGAUGUGACCUCUGACAGCUGGCGGCAGCACAGGAAGCAUGUUUUUGUUCUUAGUGAAGCAGGCAAACCCAUCUAUUCCCGAUACGGUAGUGAAGAGGCUCUUUCAUCCACGAUGGGAGUCAUGAUGGCGCUGGUGUCCUUUGUCCAAAGUGGAGAUAAUAUCAUCCGCUCAGUCUACUCAGAGCUGCACACUGUGGUGUUCUUACAGAAAGGUCCCCUCGUGCUGGUGUGCGUCUCCAACAGUCGUCAGUCUGAGGAGCAGCUGCGCGGUGAGCUCCUCUACGUGUACUAUCAGAUCAUCAGCAUGCUCACCCAGGCCAGCAUAUCCCGCAUCUUCGAACACAAGAAGAACUACGACCUGAGGAGACUCCUGGCCGGCUCCGAGAAGAUCCUGGACGGCCUCCUCAACCUGGUCGAUUCGGACCCCAGCUUCCUGCUGACGGCAAUACACUGCUUACCCCUGGCCUCCUCUCUCAGGGACUCUCUCAGCCAGAUCCUGCAGAAAGCCAUCACGCCCAAUCUGGUUUUCUCCAUCCUCGUGGCCAAGAACCAGCUGCUCACCAUCGUCCAAGAGAAGACGGUCAUCGAGGACGCCAGGCUGGAGCCCGCCGACGUCCACCUCCUGCUCAACCUCAUCGGAGCCUCCUCAGCCUUUCAGGCGGGGGAGAUCUGGACUCCCAUCUGCCUCCCGCUCUUUAACCCGGACUGUUACUUUUAUGCAUACAUUUCUUACCUGGACCCUCCAGAAUGCACUGUUUGUCUGCUGCUGCUCUCGACCGACAAGGAGGCUUUUUACGCCGUAGCUGAUUGCAAGAGGAAGAUCGAGGAGGCCAUGGUGGCUCAGAACGCUCUGAGCCUCAUUGCCAAAGCCCAUUCGUACAGCGUGAGCCAGGUGGGCGUCUCAGACCUCAGGCACUUCAUGUACAAGCCCUUUGACGUGCCAGACACCUACCGCCAGCUCACUCAGUUCACCAGCCCAGAGAUGGAGGCACCGUACAGCAGUGAAGAGGAGAAAAUGCGGCUCCUGGACCUUUAUCGUUAUAUGCACAGCCGCAUCCACAGCAGCACACGGCCGCUCAAGCUCAUCUACCAUGUCGCUGAGAGAGAAACUCUGUUAGCCUGGGUCACGAGCAAAUUCGAGCUGUACACAUGCUUCAGUCCUCUGGUGACCAAGGCCUGUGCCAUCACAGCCAUCACUAAGCUUCUGAGGUGGAUUAAAAAGGAGGAGGAGCGUCUCUUCAUCAGAUACCCCCCAAAGUAUUCAACCACCCCGAACCCCAGCAAGAGCUCUCGAGGUGGCAAAUCGGACCAGCAGGACUCCACAGAAAACGGCUUCUUAACUCUUCUAUAGGAGUCGCUCUACAAUAGUUUCUACACUGGUUCCAAGAUAUUUUUGGACCCAGUUUGGACCGACUGGACAGACUACUGGAAUCAAACACUACAUUUUACACUAUUUAAGAACGAAUGAUCUUUCUGAAACUAGUAUUAUUUCUGUACCUUAACAAGAAAGCGUGCAACCUCAUCACCUGCUUUCGAUACGAAACAGUCGGGGGCAAAACCGCAUUAGUUUGUUUUAAAUUGAACUGUGGUCGAAUACAACUGCAAUGAUAUUUAAAUGUUUUUAUAUUGUUUUAUUACUGCGACAUGAGAGAAAUCCUCCUCACGGACAGUGAAUGUAUCAAACAGACGACGGAGCGUUCAUAUGCUAUUAACGAGUCAUUGUCUGUUUCUGGUGUAAGUUAAGAGGAGGACAAAUUUAUUUAAACUACUUUUCUCAGACUAAUUAUCGCAUGACGUUUUUUUUCAUGACACAAAAACAUCCGGACGUUACAAAAAAAAGGAAUUGAGGGUUUGCUGUGUUUGUAAUAAACCGGAAUAACGACUGGAACUGCCGGAUCAGGGAUGGGCCACCAUGUGUCAUAAUGGGUUAUGAACACACAAACGCCCUCCAUGAAUCGGUCGCUCGUCCCUGUGACAGAGCUUAGACACGUGUUGUUUUAUAUCCCACUCAAAUGAAAACAAUCAGGUGUCAUUCAUGUUACAUUUUGUGUAGAAAACAAGUAGGAAACCCCAGCCUGUUGCACCGUCACUUCACUGUCAGUGUUUCCAUCGAUGGAAGUCGAAACCUCGUCAGUCUGGAGAUCAUCUGUUAAGCUCGCACAUUGUUUUUCUGCAGAUACUAGUCAGUUGACACCUGGUACUUCUCUUUUUGGAUAAUAGUUUUGUAAAGAUGGUCUAUGAACAGUAGCCUCAUCCUUUGUGUCCACUGAGGAGUUUUCUGUCAGUUCAAGUCUUAAAGAGUAUGUCUAGUAUAAUAAAAUAAAUCCCAGGUUGCACAAA